CUGUUGGCACAGCAACGGUGCCACGCAAAUGCAUGAUAACAUCAACAUUUCCCGACCGGGGCAAGCACCCCACGGUUCAACCCACUUCAUUAACAACACACCAACCGAUCGUGAUACUCGACAGCUGCUUUUGAGAAGUCGAUGCUUCUCAUUCGACGCGAGUACUAACCCAACAUGGCAGCUUCAGAAGAUCUGAUCAACUUCGACUUGAUCGAGGGGCAGAAGGAGAACAUUCAGUCAUUGCCUGGCGGCCGUUCAGCCAAGAAGCUGGCGGAACUGUAUUCGCCCUCCCCCCUUCACAAGCGCGCAACGCCGACACCCUCCGAUACGCGAAAUGUCAACGACUGCAUCCGUGCCGAGUACGAGGCUGAGGUCGACAACAUUGCAGAGUCGGACGACCCUCUUGACGUCUUUGACCGAUAUGUGCGUUGGACGCUAGACGCAUAUCCCUCCGCCCAAGCAACUCCUCAGUCACAGCUUCAUACACUGCUUGAGCGCGCAACCAAGGCGUUCAUCGGCGCACCCCAAUACAAGAACGAUCCUAGAUACCUCAAGCUCUGGGUGCACUACAUUCACUUCUUCUCCGAUUCGCCUCGGGAGACGUACAUGUUCCUCUCCCGACAAAGCAUUGGCGAGGGCCUCGCCCUAUACUACGAAGAGUAUGCCGCUUGGCUUGAGGGCGCCUCGCGAUGGGCUCAGGCGGAGGAGGUCUACAAGUUGGGCAUCGAGCGCGAGGCUCGACCAGUUCAGCGGCUCCUGCGCAAGUUCAAGGAGUUCGAGGAGAGGCUAGCCCAGCAGCCAGAUGUCGCGGACGAGCCAUCAUCUCCUGCUCUACCUUCCAUCCGACCUGCCCUGGCAGCCAAGGUAGAUCCCUUCUCUGCCGCCUCGCGGCCUGCAGAUCCGCAGGCACCACGACCAGCCAGCGGAGGAGGCUCGAAGCCGGCCAAGUCCAAGCUGGCCAUCUUUUCGGAUACUGAUGCUCAGCCAAGUGCGAUGUCCUCGCGAGGACCAAGCUCGAAGGGAUGGGACACCAUCGGAUCCCUGGCGGAUCGAAAGAAGGAAAACGUUGUGGAGGCAAAACCCUGGGCGGGUGAAACACUAAAGGCUGGUGGAAAGAAGAGCGCUGCUCCCAAGAUGGCAGUGUUUAGGGAUCUGUCUCUUUCACAAAUUCAGAACAUUGUAGUUGUUCCGUCCAAGUGCCAAAUUUCCGUUCACCCUCAAACGGGGAAGAAGGAACGAGUUUUUGUUGACCUAGCUGCCAUAUACCCAACACCAGAGGAACAGGGUACUGAACUCAGCUUUGAAGAGAUCAUAGCUGGCAACCGAGGUUGGUUAGACUGCGCUUGGGAGGACGAGUCGAUUGACGAGAACCUUGUCGCGGAGCCAGUUUUUGUUCCCUUGAGAGAUAUUGAGGAGAUCAGCAAGGGAACCGGUCAAAAGCUGGUCAUUCGCCAAGACCAUGUUCAUUAUGACGAGAACUUUGUCUCGGAGCCAGUUCUUGUUCCCUUGAGAGAUGCCGAGGAGAUCAGCAAGGGAGUCGGUCAGAAGCUAGUCAUUCAUCAGGACUCUGUUCAUUAUGACGAGAAUGGCGCUGUAAUGGAGCAGCCUCGUGCACCACGAGGAGGAAAGAAGAAGAAAGUGAUUGAGGUCAAUGAGACCCAAAUCAUCAAGGCAAAGCUCGACUCACCAUCCAGGCCAAAACUUCGCAAGAAGAACACCUCCGAGCCCACCAUGACCCUCCACACCAAAUCUGCCACUGACGACAUCUACGACAUUUUCAAUGCUCCCCUCAAGCCCGCUGGUCUGGAGGAGGAGAGUGCUGACGAGGAUGAUUACGAGAGUGACGACAACUACACCACUGACGCUGAAAGUACAUGUACCACCAGACAGAUCGAUGCUAGUGAGGUUGAUGACGAUGAAGUUGGUGACGAUGAGGCUGGCGAUGAGACGUCCGAGGUUAAAAGUGUCAGCGAAUGGUCUGAUUUCUCAACCCGCAGGCAUGUCCCAGAUAUUGACGGGGAUGUACCUGAAGGCGAGCUCGACAACACUCAGGUGUCUGAUUUGAUCGAUGCCGGUAUUCCCGAGCCGGAGCAGUCUGGAUCCCUGGGAGAGGUGACUAGGUCUCAGGAAGAAGAGGAUGAAGAUGCAGAAGAGGAUGAGGAAGCCGGAACCCCCGCGUCAGGGGAUUUCUCCCCUAUAACACUGACCUCGUUCAUCCCCAUCCCUCCUGAGGAUUACGAUCCGCCAACUCGGCCAUAUAGGGAUCCGGUCGAGGCGGCCAACAACCGACUACCCUUUAUGACUCCCAUCACGGAACGGACCGAGAUUUCUCUCGAUGUUUAUAGAGCUGACCAGUACAAAACGCCUUGCAAGCGAGACGAAGCAUCAAUACUGGACGAAGAGGAGAGCUCGGAUCUUGAGCCCAUGAGCAGCCCCUUACGCGAGAUCGUCAAUGAUGCUCGCCCGACACCCAAGAUCUCUGCGCCCUUGGCUCCCAAGUCGGUCGGGCCUCUAGGAAAGGCCAUUCCUUCCAAGCCGCUGCCUCCCAAGGGCCCCAUUAUCAAGGACGUUCAGUGCAACCCCGUUGAUGAAGCGGUGCGCUCCGAGAUUAUCGCCAACAUGCAGCCCCCACUCAACUCUUAUGCUGGCUUCUACGACCACCGACAGGACAAGUUCGAGCGCGGUGGUGAGAUUCGCAGGUUCGCCAAAGCCCUGACUAAAGCCAGCAAAGCUGGCGCCGACAGGACUGGACCCGUGACGACGCCCGUUGUGAUCGAGUUCCCCAACACCAAGUCUAUAUACACGGUGAAGAAGGAGCUCGGCGCCGGUGCCUUUGCCCCUGUCUACCUCGUAGAGAACUCGUGUCCGCAGGAUGAGAACGAUGAGAACGCGAUGGUGGCCAUGGGCAAGGGUGCUUUUGCCGUCAACCAUCGCAACGAGAUUGAAGCCCUGAAGAUGGAGACGCCACCGACGCCCUGGGAGUUCCACAUGAUGCGCGUGGCUCACACUCGGCUAGGACCACAGCAUCGCGCGUCGGCGUCGCUCUCCGUAGCUCACGAGAUGCAUCUCUACCAAGACGAGGCAUUCCUCUUCCUACCCUAUCACCCUCACGGCACCCUGCUGGAUGUCGUCAACUGGUUCCGAGGCGAGCCCUCUGCCGUCAUGGACGAGCAGCUGGCCAUGUUCUUCACCGUUGAGCUGAUGCGAACCGUCGAGGCGCUGCACUCCAAGGGUGUCCUCCACGGUGACUUGAAGGCAGACAACUGUCUGCUCCGCCUGGACGCAAUGCCAGGCGACUCCCUCGCCAGCCAAUGGCACACCGACGGCAGCGGCGGGUGGUCGUCGCGGGGCGUCGUGCUCAUCGACUUUGGCCGCGGCAUCGACAUGCGCGCCUUUGUCCCCGACGUCGAGUUCAUCGCCGACUGGAAGACGAGCGCGCAAGACUGUGCCGAGAUGCGCGAGGGCCGCCCGUGGACGUGGCAGAUCGACUACCACGGCCUAGCCGGCACCAUCCACUGCCUGCUCUUCGGCAAGUACAUCGAGACGGUGCGCUGCGACCAGGGCGGUCUCGGCAAGACGGGACGCAAGUACCGCAUCCGUGAGAGCCUCAAGCGCUACUGGCAGACGGACCUGUGGGCCGACUGCUUCGAGCUGCUGCUGAACCCGGGCUCGUUUGUCGCCGCCGAAGAUGGCGCCACCAUGCCCGUUCUGCGCUCUAUGCGCGCUGUCCGCGAGCGCAUGGAGGCGUGGCUCGAGGCCAACUGCGAGAGGGGCGUCGGGCUCAAGUCCCUGGUCACCAAGCUUGAGGCGUUUGCCAGGAGCCGCAAGUAAAGAGGAGAAGAGGAGAAGAGGAGUCGUUAAAGGAUGGGUGGAUGAUGUUAUCGCUGUUAUGGCUUGGCGUUGUGGAGGUCGGAAUGGGAUAGAAGCGUCGAGUUUUGUUUGGAUUGUGUGGCCCCGGUUGUCCUUUUUGAUGUCUUUCCCUCGCUCUCGGGUGAAGAGAAUUGUAUGCAUAAUGAAAUACCCUCCGUCAAGAUACUAUACGUGCACAUAUACACUCCCCUU